UUGCUUUAUCUUUCCAAUCUUUUUCAUUUUAGGUACACACGUCUCAUUAAUUAUUCCUGUAGAGGGACGUAAAAAUACAUUUUUAAUCAGUAAAGAACGGGAAUUGUUAGUUGUAACUUGGGAUGGAGAAAGCGACAACAUUACUGUUGUGAAAAAAAUUAACACUGACAACAAUGAGAAAUUCAACGAUGGUAAAUGCGACCCUACAGGCAGAUUAUGGGUAGGCACACUUGCUCCAAGGGAAGGUGGUGCUACGGGUUGUCUUUAUUCUAUUGAAAAAGGCCACGUCACGAAAGUUGCAGAUAAAAUAAUUAUCUCCAAUGGUUUGGCAUUCAACACGGAAAUAAAGAAAAUGUACUACAUUGAUACUCAUACCAAAACCGUAGAUGAUUUUGAUUUUGAUGUUGAACGAGGAACAAUUAAAAAUCGUCACCCUAUAUUCACUUUACCAAAGCAUGAUAUUCCUGGUGGGCCUGACGGUAUGACUAUUGACACCGAUGGUAACUUAUGGGUAGCAACAUUUGGGGGUGGUAGAAUCUUUAAAAUAGAUCCCCGGAAACCAGAAACACUUCUGUACACAAUUUCAUUACCAGCUAAACAGAUUACAUCGGUAGCAUUUGGUGGAAGCAAGUUAGAUGAACUCUAUGUUACUACUGCUUGUGUACAGCAUGGCGAUGGCGCAAAACUGUCACCCCCAGAAAAUGGUGGACUUUAUAGAAUCACAGGAUUAGGAGCAAGGGGUUUUCCUGCGAAAAAAUUUAUUAUCUAGUUGAAUACUAUAUACUAUAUGAAAUAAAUAAUGUACACAACUGUU